AUGUUGUGAUUUUGAGAUUUGUAAUUUUUAAAUUAAAGAAAAUAAUAAAAAUGAAGUGCCGCGUGUUAAAUUGUAAAAGCACAAAUUUUAGUACCUCCAAAUGCAGUUUUUUUAGUUGUCCUGCUGAUGACGCCGUGGCAGGAAAGUGGGUAGAAUUUUGCCGGCAAACAAAGCACUUUAACUUAUACACGAGCGUAGUUUGCAUGAAACACUUUACGGACAAUGAUUUCCAAAAUCUUGGCCAGUACAAAAUGGGACUUGCCACAUAUCUGAAACUUAAUCGCGGUGCCGUGCCAACAAUUUAUAAUUGCGAUGAGCCAGCAGCAGAGUCUCAGGCGCUGGAAAAGAUUAACUUGUCUCAGCAACCUAAAGGUACCAUAAAUGAUCGUAUUAAGAAAUAA